ACCAAAUUAGAAAUUUAAUAUCCACGAUCACGACACACAUGACUACAACUUUACUACUUACUUACUAAUAAUAUUUACUUACACAUUUGUCCAGUCUGCAGUGUAUGUAAAAAAAAUACCUAGUGCACAAAUCCCAGAGCAUGACAAUUAUUUUAAAAUACUGUUUAAUUUAUUAAGUAAUUUAUCAGAAUAGUAUUUGCAAAGAUGUUGGAGGGUGUCAAGCAUAUUUUCAUGGUCCUCUCGGGCAAAGGCGGUGUUGGAAAGUCAACAGUCAGUACCCAGUUGGCUCUUGCUCUGCAAGUAUCUGGAUUUAAGGUCGGGAUCCUGGAUGUUGAUCUUUGCGGUCCAAGUGUCCCCUACCUGUUGAAUUUGGAAGGCAAGGAUGUGUACCAAUCAUCAGAAGGGUGGAUUCCAGUCUACACUGAUGAUGACAAGGGCUUGGCAGUUAUGUCAAUAGGAUUCCUAUUGAAAAACCGCAAUGACAGUAUCGUUUGGCGAGGCCCUAAAAAAACGGGAAUGAUAAAAGAAUUUUUGAACGACGUCGCUUGGAAUGACAUCGAUUAUCUAAUUAUUGAUACACCACCUGGUACUUCAGAUGAACAUAUAACAGUCAUGGAAAAUUUAAAAGGAGUGAAGUGUGACGGAGCCAUCAUCGUUACUACACCCCAGGCGGUUGCUGUUGAUGAUGUCUUGAGGGAAGUUACUUUCUGUCGAAAAACCGGGAUUCCUAUUAUUGGUAUCGUUGAAAAUAUGAGUGGAUUUGUUUGCCCAACUUGUUCUGAAUGCACUAAUAUUUUUUCAUCUGGAGGAGGCUUUGCAUUGUCUGAAAUAGUAAAGGUUCCAUUCCUAGCAAAGUUACCAAUCGAUCCGGCGAUUGGUAAACUAGCUGACAAAGGCCAGAGUAUUUUGGUGACUAUGCCAGACAGCCAAGUGGCCCAAGUAUUUAGAAAACUUGUUGAAGAAUUGACUAAAAGUAAGGAAGCUUGAGUGAAGAAAUUUAAAUAUCUUGGUAAUGAAGAUGAUGAUGAUGUAGAUUGCGUGUUACUAAUGAGUGAUCAUGUGUCUCUGCAUUGCGUAAUUAUAUGCCGGUGUCAUUAUGUCAACUGUAAUUGGAUAAUUAAGGCAGGAAGAAAAGAAAACGAAUUUAGAAAUUAAUUAUAUUUUUUAUCUAUUAAUUUUUAAGUAAAAAAUAAAUGGUUAUUUUUAAAUGUUGA